UCAACAGCGGCGAGGCAUCGCAAGAUCGAAUCCUGCCCUUCUCGUUUUACUCUCUCCGAUUAGUUUUUCACCGGAAUUCUUCUUCUUCCUCCUCCUCCUCCUCCGGCGAGAGUUGCGCCGGACAUUUCUGUUUGCAUGGACCAGAACAAGAGCAGAAAGGUGAAAUUCGCGCCGAAAGCUCCCGCACCUCGCAAGAAGCCCCAGGCCGUCUCGCCCAAAACAGAGGUGAACGGGGAAGAUGGAGACGGGGAAGCUGCGGCACAGGCGGAGGCCCAGAUGCUGCUACGCCGUUUCAACGAGAAUUUUGGGCGACAAGGAGCCAGAGUUGAAAAUAAAUCGUCAGCGCAAGUGGCGUUCGGACCAGGAGCUCCAUCAUCUGCCUCAGCCAUAAGGAGCUAUGGUGUUCCCAAGGAAGAGAGAAGUGAUCAAAGCAGUGGUCCUAGGCUGAAAAGUUAUGCUGCUGCCAAGGGACGAGCUAUCUCUCCGCCUAUAGUUGCCAAGACUGAUGCAACUGAUGCAACUAUGGAAGAUGCUAGUGCUGAAGUUCGUCAGAAGAUGAAGAAAGAAUACAAAGAACCAUGGGAUUUCCACCAUUCAUACUAUCCAACGACACUACCUUUGAGAAGGCCUUACUCAGGAAACCCAGAAAUUCUAGAUGAGAAGGAAUUUGGAGAGGCUACUAGAAACUUUGAGUAUGAUGAGGGCAUCGUCAAUGCUGCUUCAGAUCUUGGUCUUCUGGAGGGGUUUGGGAGUGGGAAAAUGAUGUUCUUUCAGCUUCCUCCUAAUUUGCCGUCGGUCAAGAGACCAACAAGUGUAAAAGGCAAAGAGAAAGCUGAGAGCUCAGCAUCAUCGGGUGCAAAUACUUCAGAGAGAGGCUGCCGUUUGGAAGAUCUAUCAGGGGGAUAUAUGGGCAAACUGGUGGUUUACAAAAGCGGAGCUGUCAAGCUGAAGCUAGGAGAAACGCUAUACGAUGUUUCACCUGGAUCAGAUUGUAUAUUUGCUCAGGAUGUUGCUGCAAUCAACACUGCCGAUAAACAUUUUUGCUCUCUAGGGGAACUUGGAAAACGGGCUAUCAUAACUCCUGAUAUCGACUCUUUGUUAAAUUGUACCGACAACACAGAUGCCAGAUGAUAUGACUACACAACUACACGAAGUGGGAGCGAGUGAAAUUGUCAAUAUCUUGCCGGGUCGCAGCAUAUACAACCUUGCUCAAUCUUCCAAGUAGGAUUCUUAGGUUCUUUGGCUUGUAAAGGGUUAGUUGCAGUUGGGAAGUAUUAUUCCUCGUAGGAACUUCUGAGCAUUUUUCAUGUAAAGGAAAAGCUAGCAACAUCAAAAUUUUUUGCAUCAACAGUACUUACCUAUGAAUUAAUCUGUAAGGAGAAUAGCUCCAACGUGCUCUGCUAACUUUGAUCUUUGACCAUCUAUAGACUGCUUUGUGCAAA